AUGACAGAGCUUGAAAAGAAGAAGCGAAAAUGUUUUGUACCAGGUUGUACAAUUGUCACCUAUGUGCUGUCACGAAAUACUGAUGAAAUGAUCCGUCAUCCUUGCCUUCCCUGCACUUCCAGUUUCCUCAUCUAUUCCUUGUUUGAUAAUGAGCAUUCAAGGUUGGAAGGAGCGGAAAGGGAGAGAGGAUUGAAAGGGAGUUAUGCAGCAGGUGCAAGUGACCUUGGAGACAGCUGUGACUGGCUGCACCCCGGUACUACCAUGUGUUGUAGAAUGAUCUGUUAUAAACAGGCGAAAAAGUCUACCUAA